CUUCGAAUAGAGAAAUUAAUUUUCACGCGCAGUAGUUCACAGUGGCGAAAUGGCGCGCCUAGGGUUACUCUUAGUUUUGCUUGUGUCGUUGACGACCUUGGAAUAUGCGUUGGGACAGCUGACCUGUAACCAAGACAUAUAUUCUCGAAAGCCUUGCCGUGCAAGUUCUAAAGUUGGAUGCUUGGUGGCAAAUUGCUGCUUUGAUGAUGCAAACAAUCAAUGUUAUCGCAAAGAGGCCAUCCUCUCAAUGGGUUUCCGACCAACAAAGGGACCAUCACAAACUGGAUCCAAUUUACUUCAUUUGGGAGGCGAACCUGGUUACACAGGCAACAUGCUUAUUCGAACAUGUGUACCACGAUUUGCAAGAUGCGGAAGAAUUUAUCCUCCUAUGACCGUAGAAAGGUGCCUUCAACAUUCAUGCUGCUGGAACAACCUGACAAGCACAUGUUUCCAAGCCUCUCAUUACAUUAUUCGACAAAGGACGAAUUGCCCUCCCGGAUUUACUAAUCCACCUCAGUGUAAAGACAUUGACGAAUGUGCAUCUAAUCCUUGUAUGAACGGUGGAGUCUGUUCGAAUCAUAACAACCGAUACACGUGCACGUGCCCAGCUGGAAUUACUGGGACCAACUGCGAAAAUGUAUGUAGCGCUCCUCCGACCGUAAGUUUUGGCUCGUAUGCUCCCACCGGUACCACAUUCAACGCAGGAGCAACAGUUGUGUAUUCCUGCUCAGCAGGUUACACAAUAUCGGGCGCAACCACAUUGACGUGCCAAGUUACUAAAGUCUGGACACCCGCGGCUCCAACUUGUAUCAAGGCUUGCAGCGGCCCACCAACUGGACCUGGACUCAGUUAUGCGCCGCCAGGCACAACAUUCAAUAUAGGACAAUCUGUAACCUACAGUUGUUUAACCCAACCAGCACUCGUAGGACCAACCACCAACAACUGUCUUGCUGGUGGAGUAUGGAGCAGUACAUCUGCUCCCACUUGCGAUGGCUGCGGUCCACCACCAGCGAUCACAAACGGAAUUUAUACCCAAAACAAACCAUCGUACAGCUUAAACGAAAUGGUCCAAUAUACAUGUGCCACGGGUUACACCUUAAUUGGAAGCAGUUCUAACCAGUGUAUGGCUGGAAACACAUGGUCCCAAACUACUGCGCCCACAUGCUCGUCAGCUGUUUGUCCAACCGUCCCAACAGUUGCUUUUGGCUCGUUCACUCCUACAACGGCUUCCGUGCCCAACGUCGCGAUUGGUGGCUCCGCCACCUAUACAUGUAAUCCAGGUUACAGUCUCAAGGGGUCGGCAACGAUCAACUGUGGAGCAGGGCCUGCAUGGGUAUACCCAUCUGGACCGACAAGUUGUACGCGAGACUGUGCGGCUCCGCCAAUCAUCGGGUCAAACGGAAAUCAACCGGCAGCUUCAGUACCUUAUAUCGAGGGGGAAACAGUACAGUACAGUUGUUCAGGAGCAUUCAGUAUUUCGGGAUCUGCCACACUAACAUGCACUUCAGGAAGCUGGGUUCCAGCCGCUGCACCGACUUGCGUAGCAGAUUGUCCCCCUAAUCCAAUUUCUGUCGGCACCGGAACAACUUCCGUUACCGGAACAUCUUUCCCUGUUGGAACCACCUUGACGUAUACCUCAUGCCUAACUCCACCGGGUGCACAGCUAGUAGGGACAACUACCAAUGAAUGUUUAACAGGAGCGUCAUGGAAAAAUCCUCCGCCUGAAUGCAAGCUUGAAUGCCCACGACCGACCCCACCAGCAAAUGGAGCCAUAACACCAACUACUGCAUCAAUUCCGAGCGGACAAAGUUACACGUUUUCUUGCGAUGCUGGCUACACCUUUAAUCCACUUGGACAAAUGGCUGUGCCUUGCACGAUAACAGGCAGUACAGUCACAUUCAAUGUUCCUGCCACAAACAUAUGUUUAAAGAAUUGUCCCGCCGCUCCUGCUGCUGGUGCAAACUCUGUUGCGACGACCUAUUCUACCGCUGUAAUUGGCACCACGUACUCCCCGGAUACUGUUGCUACGUAUGCAUGCGCCGCCAAUUUUGACUUUCCAUCUGGAACAAGUGAUAAACUAGUGUGCCAAUCUACGGGCGUAUGGAGUCCAACGUCAGCACCAGUCUGUCAAGCAGCAUGUGGAACUCCGCCACUUACUACUAACCUUGCAGCUGCCCCCGUGGCUACAAAAUAUGGUUUAGGAGCUUCUAUUACAUACUCCUGUGCCAAUAAUGAAAAGGUAAUUCCACAGUCGUCAAUCACAUCAACUUGCGGGGCAAAUGGCGUGUGGAGUGUCGCUACUGCACCUACAUGCCAAGCAGUGUGCAUCAAUCCACCACCAUUUGCUGCUGGAACAGGCACGUUAACUCCCAUCCAAGCCACAUAUACUGCCUCACAAACGGUAACAUACACAUGUGCAGCUGGCAGUAACUUAGUUGGCACCAGUACUACUACUUGCACUGCUGGAACGCUUGCCUGGGUUCCACCCACUGGGCCCCAGUGUGUUCCAGAUUGUCCAACAUUCCCACCAGCUAACGCGAACAGCAAUAUUGCGACAACUCCAACAGCACCAUUCACAACUGGAAAUACGGUCGUAUACUCAUGCAAUACUGGUUUUACACCACUAGGAUCUUUGACCCUUACCUGUCAAAACACUGGCGUCUGGUCACCUACCACAGCUCCAACAUGCCGAAAAGUCUGUUCUGCCCCACCGGGCUUAAGCAGCGGCACCGGCCAAUUUGCACCGGUAAAGACAGAGUAUGAAGUCAAUGAAGAAGUUACGUACAGCUGCACAGGAGUACUUAAUGUUCGUGGAGUCAACAAAAACAAAUGCAAAGCCGACGGUACUUGGGAAUACACUACAGGUCCAUCAUGCGAAGCAGUUUGCUAUGCUGCUCCUACUAUCACCAAUGGCGAUUACACACCAAAGAACACAUACACUAAUGCAUUAGGAUCUGUUACUUAUACUUGCAAUGCUGGUUCAGUUCCUACCACGCCACAAACUGUCACAUGCCAAUCUGCUACUUUAACUUGGUCGCCAACGCCUAGUUGCCGAAAAUCGUGCGCUGCGCCCCCCGCUGUAACGAAUGCUGGUACUGGAUCAGCUUCUACGUGGGCAGAGGGAGAUGUUAUCACUUACGCGUGUGCACCCACUACCUCAUACAAGAUUGUUGCCGCUACUUCUGGCAAUAACGCCCCCCAUCAGAACGAGUGUCUGUCGACAGGCUUGUGGAAAUACACCACACCUGCCGACUUACCUACAUGCGUUGCAAUUUGCUCAACUGCGCCCACGACGACCACUGGUACCACUACCAUCACUCCUGCCGCAGGACCUUAUGAUUUGAACACAAAUGCUGUAUACACUUGCACUUCUCCUUCACCCUCAAAUCCUCUGGGAGAUACUACACUUACAUGUACAGGCCCAAAUACGUGGACACCAGCAACCGCGCCCACAUGUGUGUCAGCCUGCAUUAACGUGCCCCAGAUCGCUGCAAAUGGAAACCAAAUUACUGGCACCCAGUGGACUGGUGGCCAGACUGUCACCUACUCCUGCACUUCUGCUGCAUACGCAUUAACAACGCCAACCAUUAACACCUGUACAGCAUCGACUCUUACCUGGACAAGCGCAACAGCUCCUUCAUGUUUGCAAAAAUGCACAACUGCACUCCCGUCUGCUCCAUCCAAUGGCAAUAAUGUACUCGAUACAACGAAAAAUCCCGUCCCUGGAGAAAACGUGGAAGGCACGCGUUACACUUACACUUGCGCCGCCACUUACGCUCUUGCAAUCGGUUCUUCCACGGAAAACACGUGUACAGGAGGUGCAUGGCCUAACGCCGCCCCAUCAUGCGUGCCCGCCUGUACCAAUCCACCAGCUGGGACAGUAGGCAGUCCAACCCCAAGCCCCAACAAUGCUCUUAACCCCCAGGGCACAUCAGUAACAUACACCUGUGGUAGUGGAACAACCUUAGUUGGUACGGCAACGAUAACAUGCCAGGCUACCCGCGCAUGGUUACCGGCUACUGCACCAGAAUGCAUUACAGACUGUACCGCGCCACCUUCUAUUCCAAGCAAUGGAGCUGCAAACACACCUGCUGCCGGCCCAUACACAAUUGGGUUGUCUAUUACUUAUGCCUGUGCGGCCAACUUCAGACUGGUCGGUUCAACAACAAAUACGUGCCAAAGGGUUGGAACUGCUACUGCGGGAACUUGGUCAGCAGCUGCUCCGACUUGCGCUCCAAGUGAUAAAGAUCUUGACAUUGUCAUGAUUUUGGAUGGAAACGAUCCGUUGGACGGAUGUAGUUCAAAAACCCCAGCAGUCACCCCCCCUAUUCUACCCGGCGGUUCGCUCACGGGAUCAGCGUUCCCAAACUUUUUCCUUCAGCAGAGCCUGGCAGCAGCAAUUGAAUCUGGUUGGGGAACUGUCGCCCAAGCAAAUACGAGAAUCGGCUACCAUAUGCAUGCCGGAGUUUGCACAUCAGCAACUAACCAGAACCAACUGCCAAUUAAACAAUUGUCGUCUACUGCAAGUACUCUUACUCUGUUCACAAGUCUUGCAUACCCGUGUGCAACCCCAAAUAAUCCGAUAAAAGCAAUACAAUGUGCCGAAACCUACCACUUUAUCGCCAAUCAUGGGGACCGACCAACUAUAUCGAAUGUUGUGAUUCUAGUUAUGCACAACACACAAUCAUACACCGCUGCUGAACGAGCUACCUUCUUGACUGAAAUCACUGCCAUUCGAGCAUCGCUGAAGGGAACUCUUAUGAUUGUCUCUAUACUGCCAUCUGUCGACAGCAACUAUGCUGCUAAUGAAGCAUACAUCCGUAUGCUGCUUGGAUGCCCAGCAGCUGGGGUUUGCCUCAAUUUCCUGGGUUCCGCCGCUACGUCGUCCACCGUCCUGUCAAAGCUGCGUUUGGCGGCCGCCACUCUUCCUUAGAUUGUUAAGCAUUAGACGCUUUAGUUUCUUUGUACAAAAUACACCGUUUGGUCACUUUCAUGUUCACCCACCCAAAAACUAUAUUAAGCAGCAAAAAUCCAGUUCUUAUAUAAUACACACACAACUAAGUAAAAUUUUGCCGUUGGUACAACUUGCCUAAUAAUUAAAAAUAUCAGGUCUGCUGUGUAAACUUCCAUUGGAAAUCGUAUUGUGGGAGGCUGCGCUUGUGGAAAACGUGAAGUUUAUUUAAAUGUAUUUGUUCUUCUGGUGAUUGUAAUGCUUUCGACCUGCCAAUGCUCUACCCUCACGCUAAUAUCUACUAACGCCAGCAUGUUGCUAUUUCAAUAAAUCGUAACUUUACAA